AUGAGCAUAAGGAAGCCAGCCUGCCUGUUCCUCCCCCUUCCUAAUCAUAGCCUUUACUCACAGACAAAACUCCCUCCCUCUCUCAUUCACUCACUCACUUUAGGCCAAUCCGUCCUCUCUCUCUCUCUCCCUCUCUCUGUGUCUCUCUCCUACUCUGAGACAGAGUCAGAACUCUUCUCCCUGACAGCCACAAACAUCUACAGCACUUAUUGCAUUCAGAGAGGGAACCUGCAAACAAAACUUCACAGAAAACUUUUGGUUCUUGUUCCAGAGAAUUUGCUGAAGAGAAGGAAAAACAAACAAACAAACAAACAAACCAAACCAGCCCAAAAAAAAACUGUGCGUGAAGGGGGAGGAAAAGCAGGGCCUUUUAAAAAGGGAAUCACAACAACUUUUGCUGCCAGGAUGCCUUUGCUUUGGAAGAGAGGAUUUUUGUUGGUGCUUUGCUGGAUUAUAGUGAGGAGUUCCCCAACCCCAGGAUCCGAGGGGCACAGUUCAGUCACUGACUGUCCAUCAUGUGCCCUCGCCACGCUCUCAAAGGAUGUGCCCAGCUCACAGCCUGAGAUGGUGGAAGCAGUAAAGAAGCACAUACUGAACAUGUUGCACUUGAGGGACAGACCUAAUAUCACCCAGCCUGUGCCCAAGGCAGCACUUUUAAAUGCCAUCAAGAAACUCCAUGUGGGAAAGGUGGGAGAGGAUGGUUAUGUGGAAAUAGAGGAUGAUGUUGGAAGAAGAGCUGAAAUGAAUGAAGUUGUGGAGCAAACCUCAGAAAUCAUCACUUUUGCAGAAUCAGGCACAGCCAAGAAAAUGUUGCACUUUGAGAUUUCGAAGGAAGGUAGCGAAUUAUCGGUGGUGGAACAUGCUGAAGUGUGGCUCUUCCUGAAGGUCUCCAAGGCCAACCGGAGCAGGACAAAAGUCACCAUCCGUCUGUUUCAACAGCAGCGGCAGCCAAAAGGCAACUCUGAAGGAGCAGAAGAUACGGACGAUGGAGGGCUGAAAGGUGAAAGGAGUGAGACUUUGAUUUCAGAAAAGGCAGUGGACACUCGUAAGAGCACUUGGCACAUCUUUCCUGUCUCUAGCAGCGUCCAGAGACUCUUGGACCAAGGCAAGAGCUCUUUGGAUGUGCGGAUUGCUUGUGACCUGUGCCAAGAGACUGGAGCCAGCUUGGUGCUACUGGGCAAGAAGAAGAAAAAAGAAGAUGAUGGGGAAGGGAAAGAAAAGGAAGCUGGAGAAUUCACAGGAGAAGAGGAGAAGGAGCAAUCACAUCGGCCCUUCCUGAUGAUGCUUGCCCGGCACUCAGAGGACCGCCAGCACAGGCGGCGGAGACGAGGCCUGGAGUGUGAUGGCAAAGUCAACAUCUGCUGCAAGAAGCAGUUCUUUGUCAGCUUCAAGGACAUAGGCUGGAGUGACUGGAUCAUCGCACCUACAGGUUAUCACGCCAACUACUGCGAAGGAGAGUGCCCCAGCCAUAUAGCAGGCACAUCUGGUUCAUCGUUAUCUUUCCACUCCACUGUCAUCAACCAUUACCGCAUGCGGGGCCAUAGCCCCUUUGCCAACCUUAAGUCAUGUUGUGUGCCCACCAAGCUGCGGCCCAUGUCCAUGCUCUACUAUGACGAUGGCCAGAACAUCAUUAAGAAAGACAUACAGAAUAUGAUUGUGGAGGAGUGUGGCUGUUCAUAGACACGUGUGAAAGACCUUCUCUUUCAGUUGAGAAGAUAAUGUAUCAAAAGCCCAAGAAGACUGGACACGGUAUAACCUUUUUUGAGUGAGAAAAUCAUUGGAAAUAAGAGCAAAAAGAAAAGAAGAAUGAGGAAAGAUAAAAAAAACCCCACAAACCAACAGACUUAUGGAGGAUGAGAAAAGACUUCAGCUAUAAAAAGGAAGAAAGCUUCAGGAACCAGGGCUUGAAUGAGAUACAUCUGAAUGGCGGUAUGGGUUGGGGUGUUCCCCUUCCUUUCAGUAUGCUCCUUAUCUUAUUACCUAGUAUGUUAAACAUUAGUUAUUACUAGGGGAGUUAUGUUCCCUCCCUUAGUUACCCAUCAGUUCAAGCCAUGGUAGCAGCCCAUCUAACCUGCAGCAACUUGGACUAAGUCCAAAAUGUCAUUCCAAUUCCUUGAAUAGCCAUGUGUAUGAACACUACAUUCACUGGCACUUUCCCCCCAAAUUUACCGAGGAACUGAGUAGGUGUGUAGUGUUUGUGUGUAUAUGCAACUGGCUAUGUAUGCACAUACAUAUCUCCAUACAUACAGACACUAAACACGUACAUAUACUUCAAUUGGUAAAGGGACAAUAUUGUGCAGGUGUACACACCUUCAUCUUCUGCACUACAUUUACAAAAAAAAAAAAAAAAAGAAAAGAAAAGAAAGAAAAAAGAAAAAAA